AAGUGGUGAGCUGGCAGCGAACAACAGCUGUCAUAUGCCACGCUUCUUUCAGUUUAAGUGUUGAGGAGAUCACGCCUUGAAGCUGAGAUAUAGAAAUUUAUAUCCUUCGCUCUUUUGCCACUGGGGAAUUACGAAACAAGAGAAUCCUUGUCUUUCAAUAUCUAUGGAGGCAAAGAUUAUACAAGCCAUCUGUGGCGGUAGAAAUUACUGAUUACUUGUCAAGGGGCGUAAUAUGGAAGUGGAAAUAUUUUGCUUGUAGUGUGUUGUGUGUAUUAAUGCUAUCACGAUCAUUCCCGGUUACAUAAUCAACAAUGCUUGUGCUUGUUCUCGGAGAUUUGCACAUUCCUCACAGAUGUAGCAGCCUGCCAUCAAAGUUUAAAAAACUUCUGGUACCUGGCCGAAUACAGCAUAUACUUUGCACAGGAAACUUGUGCACGAAGGAAUCAUAUGACUACUUAAAAACCCUCGCAAGUGAUGUGCAUGUUGUCAGAGGGGAUUUUGAUGAGAAUUUGAACUACCCAGAGCAAAAGGUUGUCACAGUUGGCCAGUUCCGUAUUGGAUUGUCCCAUGGCCACCAAGUUGUACCAUGGGGAGAUCCAGAAUCCUUAGCACUAAUACAACGACAGUUAGAUGUGGACAUUCUUAUAUCGGGGCAUACUCAUAAGUUUGAAGCAUAUGAACAUGAAAACAAGUUUUAUAUUAAUCCAGGUUCUGCAACAGGAGCUUAUAACCCUCUUGACACAUCCAUUAUUCCUUCCUUCGUUCUUAUGGACAUACAGAGUUCAACAGUGGUUACGUAUGUGUACCAACUUGUUGGAGAUGAAGUUAAGGUAGAGAGAAUUGAAUACAAGAAGAGCUAGAGACAAUAGUUUGUGCAAAUAGAGAACUACAUUCUGAGAGUAAUUGUUUCUUUGGAAACAAGUUACUUGUUCGAGUCUGCGGUCGCUGCACCUAUAAGGAAGACAUUUUAUACCUGUCAAUAUUCUUGUCCAGAUAUUAAAGCUGUAUACUUUAUAUGAAAGUGUGUAACAAGGAGUAUGGUAACAACUGAUAACUCUUGUGUGUUACAUGUCUAUGACUGAUACUUCAUUCCGGAUGUACACUACAAGCAUUUGUCAAGGAAGACUUGGGCAUUCAAUUUGGAAUAAGUUCUGAAUCAGUUAAUCUGGAAGAGGACUGUACCCAUAGCAUGGAUUAAAUUAUGUAAAUACAAUAAUAAAUUCUGAA